AUGUCUGACAGGUCAGCAUUAGUAACAUUAAAAUGGGACUUACCUGCUCAUGAUGACUCUUCAAUAGUAAUUAAUCCAUAUUUGGAUGACUUAAUUCAAACUCUUGAACAAAAGUAUGAUAAUACGCUGGACGAUGAAAUUUCUUCUAUUCUAAAACAUGAAAAUCUCGGUGACUUUUAUGUAGAUACUCCAGUGAAUCCAAACAAGGUUUUGAUUGAUCCACAGACAUUUUACACACCGACUCUUUAA